AUGGCUACUCCAAAGGAGAACCACGAUGUCAUCCAUCUCGAAUCCCCGACAAACCAAGACAACCCCAAAGCCACGUCCAACGAAAUCACUCCCGUCCCAAGACCCAUCACCGAUCUCCCACUCACAGGCAGAGACAAAGCAGCCCAGUUUCUCAAACAAGCCACCCAGUCCCCCGUCAUCGUCACCCCCAGCGACAACGACCGCGUCCUCCGUAAAAUUGACAUCCACCUCCUUCCCAUCCUCCUCUUUGUCUACUGCCUCCAGUCCCUCGACAAGACAACUCUCUCCUACGCAUCAGUCUUUGGCCUCCUCGAUGACACCCAUCUCAAGGGCGAACAGUUCUCAUGGCUGGGAUCGGUCGUGUAUGUCGCGCAGCUGGUGUUCCAGCCGCUGGUGGCGUAUGCCCUGGUGAAGCUGCCGGUGGGAAAGUUUUGUGCGACGAUGGUGUUCUGCUGGGGGGCGGUCUUGUGUGGAAUGACGGCGGCAAAGGAUUUUGGGGGGCUGAUGGCUGCGAGGUUGUUGCUCGGAGCGUUCGAAGCUUCUGUUGCCCCGACGUUUAUUGCUGUUGUACAAAUGUGGUAUCGCAGAAAGGAGCAGACAACUCGCAAUGCGUCGUGGUAUGCGAUGCUUGGAGUCGUCAACAUGCUUGGAAGUCUUCUCUCAUAUGGCUUGGGCCACAUCAAAUCCAUCCUCCGACCCUACCAGAUCAUCUUCCUUUUCUGUGGUUGUAUCACAGUCGCAUUUUCCCUAGUCAUGUAUCUCUUCAUGCCUGACUCCCCAAUGGAAGCAAAAUUCCUCCGAGAAGAUGAGAAAGUCAUUGCGAUCGAACGACUGCGCAUGAACCAGAUGGGAAUUGGCUCCGGCGUCUGGAAAUGGGACCAUGUCCGCGAAGCAAUGCUUGAUCCCAAGACUUGGCUCUGGUUCUCUCUAAUGCUCACCAUCUCGAUCCCUAGUGGUGGCAUAUCUACUUUCGGACCCCUGAUCAUCCAAUCUUUCGGCUUCGACUCCUUCACCACGAUCCUCUUCAACAUCCCCUUCGGCGCCGUUCAAAUGAUUGCAACCCUCGGCGGCGCCUGGGUCUCCGACAAGAUACACAUGAAAUCCGCUGUCCUCCUAGUUCUCUGUUUACCCCCUAUCGCAGGCUGUGUCAUCCUUCUCGUAACCGGCCGCUCUCCCUCUGAUCGAGCCGUCCUCCUCGUCGGCUACUACAUCAUCUCCGUCUAUCCAGGCAUUUCCCCCCUGAUAUACUCUUGGUCAGGUCAGAAUACCGGAGGUGAUACUAAACGAAAAGUAACCACGGGUAUGCUCUUCAUCGGAGCAAGCGUCGGCAACAUUAUCGGCCCGCAGCUCUUCAAGCCCAGCGAAAAGCCUCGCUAUGACCGCGGCCUGCGCUCAAACCUCGCGCUUUUCGUGGUGCUGGCCGUCUUGACUGUGGCGGGCAUGCUCUGGAUCAAGGUGCUCAACAAAAGGCAAGCAGCGAGACGGCGGGCGCUCGGCAAGUCGGAGGUGAUUCGCGAUCUGAGCAUGAUGGACAGGAAGAAGGGCGGUAGUGCAUAUGAUGAGGAGGUGCUGAAUGUAGGGGAUGAGAAUGUCGGCGACAAGGCGUUUGAGGACGCGACGGAUCUGCAGAAUGAGGAUUUCAUCUACGUUUAUUGA